AUGCGGGGCAGCGGCGCGGGGGUGUUUCGGGGGGAGGGUAGGCGGGACUCGGGGCGGGUGGGAGGGAAGCGGCGGCGGCGGCUGCACCAGCAGCAGCCCUUGGCCUCAAGGAACAAUGGCCCUGAAAUGCUCGCGAGUCUCAUCGCAGAUGCAGAAGUGGACGUUUUGGGCUGCUCAGCUGCGAGAGGGAACGCUGAAGUGCACAGUGUGUCUGGGCCCCACCUCAGCACUUCUGAUGCCCUCAGAGAGCCCAGCUUCUCGGGACUCAAGGUCUGUUCUGCUGUGAGCACAGCGAGGAACGCUUCCAGGGGACACUUCCAGGGUGUGCGUCAGGUGAUCCGAGGGGACAUGGAAGUAACCCCAGCAGUUGGACAGGUGGGCCCCGCCCAGGCCCAGGCAUGCGCUGAGUGUUCACCCCGGGCGGCUCCUGGGAUGGGGCCUCGGAGAACUCUGGCUCCUGGAUCUGGCUGCGUGGUGCCCCUGCUCCCCGCCCUCUUGGGCCUGCUCGCACAUGUGGGAUCUCGAGGCUCAAGUGUGUACCUGCCCGGCAGAGCUGGGCGGUGA